AUGAUUGAAACGGUAUUCCACAUUCUCGGGCGUUGCUCGUAUUUCGUUAUUUUCUUAUUCGUUGCUCAGUGUAUUAGAUUACUUUGGAAGCGCCCAUUUCCCUCCAAUGCCCCAAAGUUUGUCGCGGGUUACCCGCUUGUGGGUGCCCUGCAAUUCUUCAACAACCCAGAAGCAUUCUGUCAUAGCAGUAAAAUGUCUUCACCCACUGGAAACUAUAGCUUUUAUCUUGGCCGGGAUCGGGUUGUGGGCCUGUCCGGUCCACAGGGCCGCAAGACGUUUUUCGAGAGCCGUGAUCUUGAUCUAGAGGCAGGGGCCGAUUUGAACCUCCCUUGGGUUAGUCUAGUCUUGCAAGUCGAGAAUUUCGCCACCGAUACGCAUCCAUCAAAUCUUGGGUCCGUAUUGCGCACGGCGCUGUUGCGCACCCAGGGCCUGGAAGCUAUUCCCGUAACCAUAGAAUCAUACACCACCGCAACCUUGAAAGAGAUCGCGACGAAAGCUCUCUUCGAUCCUUUCCCGGUGAUCACAUUGUCCUUCACUCGGUCCAUCAUGGCCGCAAUGGGAAUCGGUGAGCUGGCGAGCUCCUCCGAGCUGUCGAGAAGGGUAAGCGACAUGAUGGGCGCGUUGGAUAGACCUUUUACGGCGAUCGAUACAUUGCUUCCAUGGCCGUUGAACCCAUGGACCGUCAGUGCGUGGAUCGUUCUUGCACGCCUUUCUACCCUCAUGUCGAAGAUAAUCCGCAAUAGAAAACGGCAGCAGCAAUCACAUAAAGAGCAUCCCGCGAAGCAUGGCAUGCUGCAGGAUUUGAUCAACAAGAAAUGCAGUUGUGCUGGGCACUGCGUUCGCAGCCCAAGGGAACACUCCGACGGUAACGUCAUGGACACUCAUAGAGCUUUCUACCACCGGAUAUUGGAUGACUCAAGUGCGGCAGGAGAUUAA